AUGUCCUCCAUUAAUCACCUCAGCAUUCUCCGCCAACAAAUGCAAAUAGCCUGGAAUGAGGCCACCAGGAAUGGCUGCCAAGGUAAAGACAUCAUCCCAGAGGAAAUGCGGGACCAUUUCCAGGACUUGCGGGAACUCAAGGACAUGAAAUCAUACGUGCAAGAAUGCGAAGAGCGGGAGAAGAAGCUUCAAGAAGAAAACGAGGACUUGAAGAAGCAGUUGGAAGCCGCAAAGAAGGCAGUGGAAGAUCUACCAAGCGACCAUAACCAGCUCAAGGUUGAUUAUUUGCAAGAGGCGCGCAGAGUGGAAUUUUACAAGGGUUUGAUGGAGGACGCGGAAGGGAGGGCAGAGUCUUACCGGAAGAAGCUGCAGGAGGUGACGCAGAAGCAACUUGCAGCAGAACAAAAGGACAGGCGAAUGGAAAGGCUUGAGCAGGAAAACAACCAGUUGAGGGAUUGUGUUACUAAGCUUCGAGACCAACUCCAUGACGACAGCUCAAAUCUGGAAGCGCUUCAGGCGGAAGUCUCUAAAGCCUUGGAGGAGAAAGACGCUGAGAUUGCUACUGUUGCUCGUGCAGCAGCUGAGAGGGAACAGGCUGCCAAAGCUAUCGAAGAGGAAAGUGACAGCUUUCAACAAGUCUACAACGAGCUCAUUACGCGCAUGGAAGAUGCGAAUAUCGACAGCGCUCAAGCAUUGAACAGGAUGGCCAACCGCAUGCGUUCAAUAGAAAAGUCUCAAAUCGCAGCCUUGACUGAGGCUAAGAUUCUGACACACUAUUAUGAUCGAUGUUUCCAGAUCCUUCUCGUUUACCGACGUAUCUUCCAGCAACUUUUCAAUCCAGAUGAUCAGCAGGUCGUGUGGUUGCCGGACCCCCUUUUCGACGCGUUAAACUCCGCCGAUAAGGAAUGUGAACAGUAUGAAGUGAUCCACGAGGCUUUUGAAGUCGAAGGUCUGCAGCACAACGAAGUUCGAGAACAGCUAGCUGGACUAGGUAGCUCGGCCAAGAAACUCCAGGUAUCGCUUCGUGCAAUUGCGGAAGAUGUUACUGCAUUCUUAAAUGCGUUGGAACAGAAGCCAGAUUUUUUCUCGGGUUUGCGAAAUAAGCUUGGGCUCCCAUUUGCUCCGUUCCCAAAGUGAAAGUAUGGUAAAUAUCUUAUCAUUGAAAAGGAUGGACUUUAAGUUUGUCAGCA